GAACGGCUUCGAAGCCCAAGUUCCAUGGCUGCCCCGGCAUCCGUGAGGACGGCCUUGCGGGUGGCUGAGGCGCUGGAGAGCAUCGUGAGCCGCUGCCUGGGACCAGAUGGGCGGCAGGUUUUGUGUACGAAGCCCACGGGCGAGGUGCUGCUCAGCCGGGAUGGAGGCCGCCUCUUGGCGGCGCUACACUUAGAGCAUCCCAUAGCCAGGAUGAUAGUGGCAUGUGUUUCCAGUCAUCUCAAACGAACAGGAGAUGGUGCUAAGACAUUUAUUAUUUUUCUUUGCCAUUUACUCAGAGGACUUCAUGCAAUCACAGGAAAAGAAAGGGAUUCGUUGAGUAUUGGAAAUAUGCAAACUCUGGAAAGGCAUUGGAAAAAUUGUUGUCAGUGGAAAUUUAUUUCGCAAACUCUACUAACAUUUCAGACACAAAUACUAGACUAUACUAUGGAUCACUGUUUAAGUAAACAUUUUCUGUCCAUUUUUUCUUCAUCUAAAGACAGAACUUUGUGUGUGGGCUCUUUAGAGUUACUCUUAGAAUCAUAUUUUUGUGGAAGAGUGGGAAGAAAUAAUCACAAAUUUAUUUCACAAUUGAUGUGUGAUUACUUGUUAAAAUGUAUGACUUAUAAAAGUGGGGUUGAAGUAUUUGAACUAAUGGAUGACUGUUUUAUAGAAUUGAAUGUUGGUGUCACUGGCCUUCCUGUUUCAGACUCUAGAAUCGUUGAUGGGCUCGUGCUUCAUAGAGAUUUUUCUGUUUACUGCCCAGCAGAUGGUGACAUAAGAAUGGUUAUAGUAAAGGAAAUUAUCCAGCCUCUUUUUUCAACGUCUAGAUCUGAGUUUAUGUUAAACUCAGAAGCACAAUUUCAGACAUCUCAGUUUUGGAUUAUGGAAAGAACAAAAGCAAUAAUGACACAGUUACAUCAUCAGAAUGUGAAAUUGCUCCUCUCUAGUGUGAAGCAACCAGAUUUAGUUAUUUAUUAUGCAAGAUUGAAUGGCAUAUCAGUAGUGGAAUGUUUAUCAGAAGAAGAAAUAUCUCUUAUCACGAGGAUCAUUGGUCUUACUCCAUGUGAACUACCAGAGACCUCAUCACCAUGUGAAGUUUCUAACACUGCUCUGGUGAAAUUUUGUAAACUGCUUAUACUUAGAUCCAAAAGGUAUGUUCAUCUUGGCUUAAUUAGCACAUGUACAUUUGUACCACACAGUAUAGUUCUUUCUGGACCAGUUCAGGGCCUUGUUGAACAACAUGAGAGUGCUUUACAUGGAGCACUUAAAAUGCUUCGGCAGUUAUAUAUUGAACUUGAUCUAAAUUAUGUAAUACAAGGCAGUGACCAAAAUGGCACAUCAAAUCCUCUUACUUAUAAAAAUAGCCAAAAAAGUAAUCAGUCAUCAGAAAUUGGCAAUGACUCAAUACUUAGAUCAAAUGAGGACGUAGUAGUAACAAGCAAAAAUGUAUGUGCAAAUUUGGUAACUUCAGAUGUUGUAGAAUUAGGGGCAAAAGUGGCACCAACAAACACAUUCCAAGCAAAUGAAGCACAGAGGUAUUUGUCUCCAGAAAACAAAAUAAUUGAUGACUGUGAGCUAUUAGCUAAUUCCACUGGUAAAUCUACAACAGAAAACACUGGAAUCGAAAUUUCAUAUGAAAAUUUACAGGUCACAGAAAUUGCUGGAAAGAGGAACAUGUUACCACUGAGAUGCAAGUCACUGGAUAUGUGUACUUCCAAGACUUACCAUUCCUCAUCUGUGCCAGCAGGUUGUGUUUUGCCAGUAGGUGGCAGUUUUGAGAUCUUGUUACAUUACUAUCUUCUCAAGUAUGCCAAAUGCCAGCAAUCAGAAGAAACCAUAGUUACUACAUUAAUAGCUAAUGCACUUUUAAGCAUUCCUCAAAUCCUUUAUAAGUCAAAGAAAGGAAAAAACACUUUUCCACAAAUAUAUUUGAGAUCAAUCCAUGCACUGCAUAGCCAUCAACCCAUGGUAAGCAGUCAGGAUGGUUUGGAAUCAGUAACUGGUAAAUAUCAGUUACUAACUUCAGUUCUUCAGUGUUUGGCAAAAAUAUUAACAGUUGAUUUGAUUAUCAGUGUUAGGAGGCAACCUCAGAGAAAUUGUGAUCAAGAUUCAGAAGAUGAACUUUAACAUAUGAAGUUGUGUUGUUUUAUUCCUGCUCAACCCAUAAAGUAAUGCAAGCAUAUGACUCCUGAUUCUGAAGUCAGUUUAGUCUGCUUAGUAAAAUAAUACCACUUAAAUAGUAGAUCCACUGUAAGGAUACUCGACCAUUUAAACACCAAUAUUAAACUUAUUUAUG